AUGAAGCCAAUUGGACUAACGGGCAUGGGCCUACAGAGCGCAGGUGACAGCGGAGAGGAAUUGAAGAGCGGGUGGAUGCCGGCUGAGAUGCCAUUGGGCGAGUACAUGUUCCGUCGGCUGAUGAGCGCAGGGACGAAAACGGUGUUCGGGGUGCCGGGCGACUUCAACAUGGGGCUGCUGGAGCAUAUGUACGGGGAGGCUGUGUGCGCGGAGGGCCUGCAAUGGAUCGGCACAUGCAACGAACUCAAUGCGGCGUAUGCAGCGGACGGGUAUUCCCGGUAUUGCAACAAGAUCGGCUGCGUGGUGACGACGUUAGGGGUGGGGGAGUUAUCGGCUCUCAAUGGCGUGGCAGGCGCGUUUGCCGAACACGUGAAAGUGCUGCACAUUGUGGGCGUGUCAAUGCGCGCGGCGCAGACACAUCCGGAGCUGCACGGCAACGUGCACCACCUCGUGCCGCGUCUGCGGAAUAGUAACUUUGAGGCGCCGAACCACAAGGUGUAUAGUGAGAUGGUGAGCGGCCGCGUGAGCUGCUGCUGCGAGUUUCUGGAGGACUUGGAGACGGCCUGCGACCAGAUAGACCAUGUGAUCAGGGAGAUCUGGCGGCACGGGAAGCCCGGGUACCUUUUUGUUCCGGCCGACAUGCCGAACAUGAAGGUCUCCAGCCGUAAUCUUGUGCAGGCGCCAACUAUCAUGCUUGAAAGCGCUGUUUUGGAGCGCACUAACCUGGCAGCCUGUGACCGGAUUGGAAUAGAAAUUUUGCAGCACCUGUACCAGUCGAGCACGCCUGCAAUACUAUGCGAUGGGCUUUGUGACAGGUUUGGCCUGACGGGCGACGUGCGCCGUCUGGUGGAGUUGACGGGCAUGUGGAACUUCUCGACAAUCAUGGGAAAAUCCAUAUUGGACGAGACCCAGCCGCACUAUAAGGGCGUCUAUUAUGGUGCAGGUUCAAAGGAGCGGAAUGCCCUUCUGCAAGAAUGUGACUUAAUCCUCUACCUGGGGCCGGUCAAGGACGAAGUGAAUACCUGGAAGUAUACCUUUCAGUUUAACCCGCAAUCAAUGAUCAUCGAAUUGCACCCGGAGUAUGUUAGCCUUACACGCAACGGCGAGCAAACCAUUUUAAAUUCGGGCCACUUGCUGCCAGUGUUGAGGUCCAUCCUAGCCCACCUGAACGUUGCAAACCUCUCAUUUAAUUACCCGACUGCGAAGAAACGAGUCCCGCGUGAACACCAAUACGCAGCAGACGAGCCGAUUACCCAGGGCAUGUUGCAACAUAUGAUACCAGAGUGUUUAAAUCCGGGCGAUGUCAUGGUGGUGGACACCGGUACGUUCCAAUUUUCUGUCUUUGACAUGAAGUUUCCAACAGAUCUCAAGUGCAUUUCGCAAUCAUUCUAUCUUUCUAUUGGUAUGGCACUGCCUGCCGCACUAGGUGUGGCGUGCGCCAUGAGAGAAUUUCCAAGGCUCCACCUCGGGCCUAAACUUGCCAACGAGGGAUACACUCCAAGGUUGGUGCUAUGCGAAGGCGAUGGGGCAGCGCAAAUGACGAUCCAGGAACUAAGCACGUUUAUUAGGUACGAGCUCCCUGUGGAGGUUCUCUUGUGGAACAAUGAUGGCUAUACGGUAGAAAGAGUGAUCAAAGGUCCGACGAGAUCUUAUAACGACAUCAUGUCAUGGGAUUGGACUAAACUUCUUCGCGUGUUCGGGGACUUUGACGGUACGCGUUCGGAAUCAGUGAGAGUGAAGGAUUUCAACAGUUUGAUUGAACAUUUAUCCUCAUGGAAAUCUGAUAAGAAAAGAUCGAAAAUCAGGCUGAUGGAAGUCAUACUAGACAAGAUGGACAUUUCAGCAACCCUGAAGGAGCUUGCAAAGCAGUUCCAGCACAAUGCUGCCUAA